AUGUCCGCCACCACCACUUCCGACCCCCGGCGCUACGCCUACCUCGUCGGCAUCGGGGUAACCCACUCCAUCGCGCCCCCUAUGCACAACUACUCCUUUAACAGCAUGGGCUACCCAUGGACCUUCAUCGCGCAAGAAUGCCCGACCGUCGAAGACGCCAUGACACUCUUCCGUCAGCCCACCUUCGCCGGCGGGGUGGUAACCAUGCCCUACAAGCGCACCAUCAUGGAGCAUCUUGACGGGCUAGACGAGUACGCUGUGCGCCUCCAAGCGUGCAACAAUGUCUAUCGCGCAGAAGAUGGCUCGCUACGUGGAACAAACACAGACUGGCGUGGGAUUAAGGGGUGCUUGCUAUCAGCUGAUCCCGAGGAGAAAGGGAGGGGUAAGGCUGCGGUGAUUGUGGGCGCUGGGGGAGCGUGUCGUGCGGCGGUGUACGCGCUAUAUGCGGAGUUGGGAUGUACGCCUAUUUAUGUGGUGAAUCGGGAUGAGGAAGAGGUUAGGGUGUUGAGGGAGGAUACGGAGAAGGAGUAUGGGGAGGGGUUGAAGAUGGUUCAUGUUGAGAGGUUGGAGCAGGUUGCGGGUUUGUUGGAGGAUGCGGCGCCCGGGUAUGUCGUUGGUACAGUUCCUGAUGCGGAGCCGGUGACGGCGGAGGAGAAGGAGGUGCAUCGCAUUGUGGAGGCAUUUUUGGAGGCUCCUACUAAGGGGGUGUUGCUGGAUAUGUGCUUCAAGCCGAGACAGACGAGAUUUUUGAAGAUGGCGAGACAGCGUGGGUGGGCUACGGUGGAGGGGACAGAGUGUGGGCCGGGCCUGACGUAUGAUAGAAAGCAUAUAAAUGCACACCCAAGGUUCAUGCUACGCUUUGAAUAUCACAUACAUUUGGAAAUCUUCUACGAAGACCUGGAAUACCUCGCCAAAGAAAAGGGAGAACCGACAGAAGAGAAUCUCCUAGCUGCCGCCCGAGAAACCAAGGACAUUUGUUAUCAUCACGGCCUGGAAGUGAUUGGCUUACAGCCGUUCAUGUUUUACGAGGGCCUGCUGGAUCGAGGUGUCCAUCAACAGAAAAUCGCCAAACUUCACACCUGGUUCAAGAUUGUCAAGAUACUCGGCACCGAUAUCAUCCAAAUUCCGUCAAACUUUCAGCCCGAUGGCAUCUCAGGAGACCUUGAUCUUAUCGUCUCCGACAUGAUCGAGGUGGCCGAUUUGGGCUUGAAGCAAGAGCCGCCAGUUCGCUUCGCAUACGAGAGUCUCGCCUGGGGUACCUAUGUUUCAACAUGGGACACUAUGUGGGAAAUCAUCCAGCGGGUGGAUCGCCCCAAUUUUGGAUGUUGUCUAGAUACCUUCAACAUCGCCGGUCGGGUGUGGGCCGAUCCCGCAAGUCCUUCGGGGAAGGUCCCUGACGCAGAUGCUGUGCUGGCUCAUUCGUUGAAUCGCCUUGUCAAGACCAUCGACGUGAAAAAGGUCUUUUAUGUCCAGGUUGUUGAUGCAGAAAAAAUGGAGCAGCCACUGGUCCCCGGCCAUCCGUUCCACGUCGACGGCCAGCCGGCACGCAUGAACUGGAGCCGCAACGCGAGAUUGUUCCUGUAUGAACAGGACAAGGAUGGCUAUCUCCCUGUAGUCGAGGUAGCGCGAGUAAUCCUGAAGGAGCUCGGAUUCGAAGGAUGGGUGUCAAUGGAGUUGUUCUCCAGAACCAUGGCAGAUCCGGAUCCGACUGUGCCACAGAGUCAUUCCCAGCGAGGUAUCCGGGCCUGGCAACAGUUGGCCAAGGAGUUGGAUCUAUGA